AUGUCGUGAAACGUCCCCUUACCGAAUUGAGCAUACCUAACCUCGAGCUUGCUUGGACAUCCGCUCCAAGUCCCUCUGUUCCGAACUGCCCAGUGCUUACACAAAGCGGAGUGGUUGAUGCGAUGCUUGCCCUUGCCCCUGUCCUGCUCUGCAGCUGCACUGAGCUUGAAGCGUCUGCCGGCCCUGGCCCCCAACAGGAUGCGGCCCUAGACGUCAUUCUGGAUCCCACGCCUCGGCACCGAUGGAGCUCUAUCAAUGCUUAUUGCAUGAGCUGAACGUCGAAAGGUAAUGCGCAGCUGUAACGGAUAAACAAUCAGAUAAGUGAGUAAGUGAGGCGGCACGGCCAACGGCAUUGCCUACAGAAUACCCUACGAUGCACGCCAUAAACUCUCCUCCCGUUCCCCAGUAGACUCCCAUACCCUCUUUGUCCGAGUCCAACCAUACACGCAAAGGAGCCCCACUGGCAAAUCAUGGCAAACCUCACCACCGCCCUCCAAGAGACCAUCUACCACCUCCCACAAGCGCCCCCUCGCAUUCGGAAAACGCCCUUCAAAGUUCUCUGUCCCGGUCCCCCCCGCUCAGCCACCGAAUCCCUAGCCCAAGCCCUCAAUAAACUCGGCUACUCCACCUACCACGGCUGGGACAUCAUCUUCGAACCCAACCCUUACCACCAAAAAGCGUUGUACCACCUCAUUCGGCGUAAAUUCUGCGGUUCCGCGAAAGGGGACUGCCACAUCACGGCGGAGGAAUUCGACGUCGUGCUCGGCGAUAGUGAUGCCACGAUCGAUACGGUGGCAUUCCUCUUCUUCCCGGAACUGAUGCAAGCGUACCCGGACUGUAAAGUCAUCCUCAACACCCGCCGGGACUUGGAUGCCUGGCACGCGAGCAUGAUCCAGACCUUCCUCAAAGACGUCGCGGACAGCUGGCUACUCUGGCUAAUCCACUACUGUUCCGCGGGGUCGUUCUGGAUGUACGAGGGAUUGUAUGGGAUCGGGUUUCCGAUGUUCUUCCGCAGUCGGAGGUCGACGUAUUUGAGGCCGGGCAUUGUGCAGAAUGGGAAGUGGGUGUAUCGGGAGCAUUGUGCUAUGGUGCGCGGCAUGGUGCCGAGGGAGAGGUUGUUGGAGUGGAGUGUUGAGGAUGGGUGGGGGCCGAUUUGUGAGUUCCUGGGUAAGGACGUCCCGGACGAACCGUUCCCGUGGGUGAACAAUCCGAAGGAUUUUGGAGAGAAGGUGGAGCGGACGCUUAAGCCGAGAAUGGCAGCGGCAUUUCGUAAUAUGGUGAUAGUCGUUGGCGGGUUUGCUGUCGCCGUCAUCGCGAUUGUGUUCGCAGCACGCAGAUUCAUUGCGUGGCCAGCUCGGUCAUGAAAGGCACAGAAGGUUUGCAAAUCACUUUGAGUGCAGCUUGCC